CUCCUCUCCUCUCCUUCUUUUCUCCCUCCCACAGUCUGCUCUCUCUGUCAGUCCUGAUCUCACUGUCAGUCCAAGGCACCUCCACGCACUGGCCUCCUCCGGACCCUGGGAUUACUUACUUGCUUACUUCAUCUGUGCGUGGUGCCUUUUUCUCCCCAUCCCUCUUUUUUUCUCUUUUCUUUUUUUUUCCUUUUUAAGAAUUAUUUUAUUUAUUGGGAUUUUUGUUUUGUUUUAAUCUAUUUAGCGCUGCCACCAUCGUUGUGCCAAAAAAAGGAUGCCUCUUUCACACUGGACUUGGGUUGCGUGAGUGUAUGUGUGUGUUUGGGUGUAUGUGUUUUUGUGGGUAAAAAAAAGAGUGGGUUAGAGAGAGAAAGUGAGUGAGUGAGUGCUUGUGUGUCUGUGCCAGACUGCAAGUGUGUGGGUGUUUUCCUGGUACUUUUGGACAUAAGCAGCACACAACUUUUUCCUUUGGAGGCUGGUGUUUGGGGACCCAGGUGAAGGUGGAGUUGGAGGAUCGUCUCACUGUAGUGUAGGACAGUGAGAUUGGUCAGCUUGUCAUCAUGGAGGUCCGCUGUGGAUUCAGGAUCUCCCUGCUGGUCACCGUCCUCGCGCUAACUCUAUCAGGGGAGGGAGUCAGUGGACAAAGAGCAGGAUGUAAAAACGUGCAGUACGACUUGGCCUUCAUCCUGGACACCUCGUCCAGCGUGGGCAAGGAGAACUUCGAGAAGAUCCGCCAGUGGGUCUCCAACCUCGUGGAGUCCUUUGACGUCGGGCCCGACAAGACCCGUGUGGCUGUGGUGCGCUACAGCGACCGACCCACCAUCGAGUUCAAGCUGGACCGCUACCGCACCAUGGACGAGGUGAAGCGCGCCGCCAAGAACAUCGUCUACCGCGGCGGCAACACCAUGACUGGCGACGCCAUCAGCUACACGGUGAAGAACAUCUUUACGGAGAGCGCAGGAGCGCGCCCCCUGUCGCGGGACACCAAGCGGGUGGCCAUCUUGCUCACGGACGGACUCAGUCAGGAUUACGUGCUGGAGCCGGCGCGCGAGGCUAGCCGCGCGGGCAUCAGGAUGUUUGCCGUGGGAAUCGGGGCCGAGGCGCUCAAGGUCGAGCUGGAGGAGAUCGCGGCCGAGCCCAAGAACGCGCACGUCUUUAAUGUCGCCGACUUCAAUGCCAUCGACACCAUCCGUGGAAGACUGAGGAAGAGCCUCUGUGAAAAUGUGCUGUGUCCAAACAUGAAAGUCAUGCCAGACCGCUUCAAGCCCAACAGCCCCAGCCAUGGACUGGCUGAAGUUCCAGGAUUUGACCUGAUGGACUACUUUAACGUGAGAGACAUCCUGGGCACCCGAGAUGAGCCUGGCCAGAGCUCCUACGUGCGACUGGGAACCAUGCCCAUUGUGCAGCAGACUGAGACUGUGUUCUCUCAGGGCUUGCCAGAGGAAUAUGCCUUUGUCACAACGUUCAAGUUCAGAAAGACCUCCAGGAGGGAAGACUGGUAUCUGUGGCAAAUCUACGACAAAUAUGGCAUUCCACAGGUGUCCAUUCGUCUGGAUGGGGAAAACAAAGCGGUGGAGUACAACGCGGUGGGCGUGACCAAGGACGCGGUCCGGGCCGUCUUCAAGAACGACGAGGUGGACAACCUGUUUGACCGCAACUGGCACAAGAUCGGGCUGAGCGUGCAGGCCAGGAACGUCUCCCUCUACCUGGACUGCAAGCUCAUCCAGACCAUUCCCAUCGAGGAGCGCGAGGACAUCGACAUCCAGGGCAAGACGGUCAUCGGGAAGAGGCUUUACGACAGUGUGCCCAUUGACUUUGACCUCCAGCGCAUGGUCAUCUACUGUGACGGCAAACAAGCAGAGCUGGAAACUUGCUGUGACAUUCCUGGUGGCCCGUGUCCUAAAAAGGUGGUGACGGAGGCACCGCCGGUGGCCAUUCCCACCCCCACUCCCACCGUAGUGGAGCAGAAAGGCCCCGAGCCAGUCAACUGCUCUUGCCCCCCUGGGCAGAAGGGUGACACUGGUCCAGAUGGUAUCCAGGGUGCAAAGGGCCAAAAGGGUGACCUUGGCAUCAAAGGCUCCGCAGGAGGUCAGGGCCAAAAGGGACAAAAAGGAGAAACUGGCAAAGCCACCUCUAUUAAAGGCGAUAGAGGUCCCAAGGGAGACCCUGGUCUUCGGGGGGAGUCCGGGGAGAGAGGAAUCAAAGGAGAGCCGGGACUAGCUGGUCUUCCGGGGACAUUAGGCAAAUCUGGAGACAAAGGAGAGAGAGGGGAGCAGGGAGCACCUGGACAGCUGGGCUUACCUGGACCUCUCGGACCUCAGGGUACACAGGGUUCUAUUGGCCCCGCUGGCGGACCCGGGCCUAAAGGCGUCUCUGGCGAUUCUGGCAAGAAGGGAGAGAAGGGAGCACCAGGAGCCAGAGGCCAGUCUGGUCUCGACGGGUUCCCAGGCAAAAUUGGACUUCCAGGAAAAGAUGGUGCGAAGGGAACAGCAGGAUUACCUGGGCCUUUGGGGGGCAAAGGAGAGAAGGGCGAGAGGGGACCAGCUGGGUUGCCUGGGGAUGCGUACCAGCAGCAAGGUCUGAAAGGAGAGGGUGGGCCCCCUGGCCCACAAGGGCCCCCAGGGGCCGACGGACCUCCUGGCCCACCCGGACCACCUGGUAUGCAGGGACUUCCAGGUGAACACGGAGAGAUCGGACAAAGGGGUAAAAAAGGAGACAAUGGCCUGCCUGGUGUUGACGGACUUCCUGGACCCCCUGGUCCUCAAGGGCCAGCUGGAAAUAGUGGCAACCCUGGACAGCCUGGGCCUCCUGGUCUUCCUGGUGAAAUCGGCUUUUCUGGCAAGCCGGGCGAGCCUGGCAAAGCAGGUCUGCCGGGCAAAGACGGUCUGGACGGUUUCCCAGGCAACGAUGGAGCCAAGGGACCUCGUGGAGAAGCAGGUGUGGACGGCACACCUGGCAAAUCAGGACCAAAGGGUGAGGAUGGACCCCCAGGGCCACGCGGACCUCCAGGGGACAGAGGCGAGGGAGGUUCUCCUGGACUGCCAGGACCAUCAGGCCCCAGAGGAGAAAAGGGAACAACGGGUGACAGGGGAAAUGAUGGCUCAGUUGGACCAAAGGGUGAAAGAGGCGAAAUGGGCCCAAUGGGAAUUCGAGGACCGCCGGGCCUGCCAGGAGACGUCGCCAAUGUGAUUCCCCAGCCUGGAGACAGAGGUGCACCUGGAGAGAAAGGAGAGACGGGAGAACCAGGAGAGCCUGGUCAACAGGGUCAAAGAGGUCUGCCGGGUGAGCAGGGCUUCAAAGGACAGCAAGGCCCUCAGGGUGUUAAAGGAGAGCCAGGACCUAAAGGGGAGACUGGAAGAGUUGGAGAUCCGGGCCCACCAGGAUUGGCCGGAGCUCAGGGUAUGCGUGGACUCCCGGGCAAUGUGGGAAUCCCUGGAAGCAUCGGACCACCUGGCAUUUCUGGACCUAGAGGAGAGAAGGGAGAGAGUGGCAAAGAGGGUUCUGCUGGUCCCCCGGGACUUCCAGGUCCCCCGGGCCUCAGUGGAGAGACCGGCCCACCAGGCAAAGGCAAAGACGGACAGAGGGGUGAGCCAGGAAUACAGGGACCACAAGGACCUCCAGGGUUGAAGGGCCAGCCUGGUGCUCCAGGGAUGCAAGGGAUGCCAGGAGGCAGAGGCCCACCAGGGGAGGGCAAAGUUGGACCACAGGGACCUCUAGGACCAAUGGGAGAGAGAGGCGCUCAGGGGAACCCAGGCCCACCGGGUGUAGCUGGAGCACAGGGUCCCGCUGGACACAAUGGGUUACCUGGAAGGCCUGGUGAAAAGGGAGCUCAAGGAGAGCCUGGAAAAGCUGCUGACAUCUCUGACUUGAACCUGAAGGACAUGUGUUCGGAUUGCCCCCCGGGCCCUGCUGGGCCCCCUGGCAUACCCGGCGUACCGGGAGACAAGGGCCACCAGGGACCCGCUGGCAAGAACGGACAAGAUGGCUACCAGGGUCAACCUGGGCCAACCGGACCUGCUGGGCCACCUGGGGCAGAAGGGGCGAAGGGUGGCAAAGGUGACAAAGGAACUGUUGGCGCACCUGGAGAAAGAGGCGAAAAGGGACCAGCCGGACCUCCAGGAUACCCAGGAGCCACUGGCCAAACGGGUCCAGCUGGCGCUGAUGGAAAUCCAGGCCCCGUCGGACCCCCAGGGCCCCCAGGAGAGAAGGGCAAGGAAGGUGGAAAGGGAAUCCAGGGACCCCCAGGUCUUCCUGGACUACAGGGUGCUCCAGGCAAGCAGGGCAAAGACGGCCGACCGGGAGAACAAGGAGAAUCCGGCAAGCAAGGCGAGCCAGGACAACCAGGACAAAAUGGACUGAGAGGAGCUCCUGGAUUCAAGGGACACAGAGGUGAACCAGGACCUCCGGGAUCAAAGGGAGAAGACGGAAAGGCGGGUACCAACGGAAGACCAGGACAACCAGGCAAAGAUGGCAGUGCAGGAACUCCAGGACAGGAGGGAACACCUGGACCAAGAGGAGAGCGGGGUUCACCUGGAGAGCCAGGACCAUCAGGAAACAAGGGCCCUCCAGGCACUCCUGGUCAGGCCGGAAAUAAGGGAGAAAAUGGAGGGCCAGGACUGCCAGGAUUCCCUGGUCCUAAAGGGCCCUCGGGCCCUGCUGGUCCCAUUGGUCCAGAGGGAAAGCAGGGAAUUCCAGGCAAAUCCGGGGACCGUGGAUCAAAGGGUGACAAGGGCGACGCAGGUUUCAAGGGAGACAAGGGCAUGACGGGCGACCCCGGUGUGCCCGGAGUCCCUGGGGCCCCCGGCAGGAAGGGACACACGGGCAUGAUGGGAAUGUCAGGUCCUCCAGGGGAGCCCGGAGCCUCCGGUCCGCCCGGAAACCCCGGAAACCCCGGUCAACCUGGUGCUCGGGGAGAAUCACCAUCGAUUGAAACAAUGCGAAGGCUCAUCCAAGAAGAGCUAGCCAAACAGCUUGAAGUCAAGAUGGCCUACCUCAUGGCCCAGAUGCAGCCCACCCACGUGAAGAGUUCGGCGGGUCGCCCCGGGCCUCCAGGACCGCCGGGCAAAGAUGGCACCAGUGGCCGACCCGGCGCACCAGGAGAGCCCGGUAUGCCUGGUGCCCCGGGAGGGGAUGGCAUUCGGGGACCCAUGGGCCCUAAAGGUGAGAGGGGAUCCAAGGGGGACAAGGGAGAAGACGGCAUUGGCCAGCGCGGUGAACAAGGUCCUACUGGUCCCAUAGGCCCACCCGGUAUGCCAGGCUACGGUAAGGACGGCAUGCCCGGCGCGGCGGGAUCGCAGGGAGAACCUGGCAACCCCGGCGUCCACGGCCAACCCGGCCCGCCAGGUCCCCCCGGGCAGUGCGACCCCUCGCAGUGUGCCCUCUACGCCAGCAUGGCAGUGCCCAGACCCAAAAACGUUAAAGGGUAAUAGGGGAGGGGCGGUGGGCUUUCACCACUUAAAAAGGAGGGGUUGCAGGUUAACCAUUUUAAGAAAAUGUACUAUUAUGACAUCAUGUUGGGGGUUCCGCAGGCUCAUAGGAGUCUAUGUAGAACCUUAGAAUCCUGGGGUAGUUCCCCCAACGUGAUGUCAUACCUGCAACCCCACCUUUAACACCACUCGCUCACUUAUGUACACCCCCCAACCCCGCCUCUACCCAAUAUGCCCCCUAAGGAAGGAGAAAAGCAGCCUGCCAAUGAACUCAGUGUUGCAGUGAACCAAGAACUUUUCCAAUCGAGAUUCAUCACUUUAAUAACCUCAGUGUGGGAGGUUGUAUGGGACGUAUGGUGCUGCGGGUCAGAAUAUCUGUGGUUUUUGUAAUGUCUGUUGCUUUUUUGUUUGUGAUUUUUUUUUUUUUUUGUUCAAUUUGUUUGUUUGUUUGUUUGUUUACUGUACCUACGUAUGUUUGGCUGUGAGCGGAUGCCUUUAGGGAGCGUGUGUGGUGAGCAAAAGAGGCUUUGGCAGAAAAUAAACAUUCACAAGUUC